AUGCACCUUACAUACGUUUUAAUUUUCCUCCUUUUUGCCUGUUUCUUACAGAUAAAUAAAAACUCGCAAGUACAAUCGAAGAGCAUCAACGGCGAACGCAAGCGCUGGAUCCACGAUCCCACAAGUGACCUUUGUCGGCCGUUAAAUUGCAAAAAACGUGAAAUUUGCCUGUUGGAGGAUGAGUACAGCGCAGUGUGCGUUUCGAAGCGUGACUUACACAAGAAUCGUGAUGAAAUAAUCACGAAAGCCAAGUACUUGGAAGAGGAGGCGGCUAAGCGACGCGCAAACAAGGACAUCACCAACCACAACAAUAACAACAACAAUAACGACAAUGACAAUGAUGAUGAGGAUGCAAAGAAUUUUAGCUCCGAUGAGGAUUCCCGUGAGGAUGAUGUCUUUUAUGAGAACAACAACACAGCCGGCGAUAAGGACGACGACGAGGAUGAAGACAAUUGUAAGCCCUGCCCGGUGGCUAAGCCAACUUUCUUAUGCGGCGCCGACAACCGUACAUACUCAUCGCUAUGCAGAUUGGAUUACCACAACUGCAUACAUUCAACAAUCAUAAGGAUAGCCUGCAAGGGAUUCUGUCCAUGCAAGGAAAAUACCGAUGGUAAACGCUUGCAGCGUUUGAAUGAGCGCCAGAGCGCUUUCAAUGCCAAAUAUAAGAAGACAAUUGAACAACAACAGCAGCAGCAACAACAACAGCAGAAACAACAAAUGCAACAACAACUCAUGUACAAGGACAACAGCAAUAGUAAUAAUAUUUUGGGCAACUCGAACGAUAAUUUGGACAACACUUUGAAUAGCAACAAUUUUAAUGCUAUUAUGGAUGAUAAGGAUGAUAACAAUCGGCAUUACAAUCACAUAAAUUCGCAAUUCACAUUCACACCGGAGGAAAUCAAAUACGAUAAUAAACACUAUAAGUACCUCAAGUAUACCGCCUACAAGAAGGACAGCCAAUAUCCAGAGGAUAAACAUAAAAUUCGUGGUUAUAAUGAGGUUAUCGAGAAACCACAAAAAUACAACAAAAAUAGCCUGAACAAUGGUUUCCCAUCCAAAUCGCCCGAAUGUAAACCACAACAGCUGACCGCUAUCGGCAAUCGCCUGCUUGAUUGGUUUUCUGUCAUAAUGGCUGACAGCAAGAAACGCCGUCAGCAUAGCCAAAAAUCGAAGGCGCAUUUCCCACCCGCUUGCAAGACCGAAGCUAAAUGGAUGUUUGGUCAUUUGGAUUUGAACAACGAUGGCUAUUUGUCGCUACAGGAAAUGUACGAUUUGGAACAUGAUCAGAAUGAGCGCUGCAUUAAACCAUUCAUCGAUACUUGCGAUCUUGAUCAGGACAAUUCGAUUAAUACGCGCGAAUGGUGCCGUUGCUUCGAGAAGACCGAUCGCCCAUGCGCCGCGGUUCGACGAAGAAUCGCUGGCGACUUUGCAGGCGCCUAUGCACCGGAUUGCGAUGUUCAGGGCUUCUAUAAGCCUACCCAGUGUCACAACUCCGUCGGCGUAUGCUGGUGUGUGGACAAGCAUGGAGUCGAAUUCGCCAACACACGCACCCGAGGCAAACCCAACUGUGAGUCUGUUGUGAAUAAUGCCUCAUCGCUCACCUCCGACGAUGAAGAUGAGGAUACCGACGACGAUGACAGUGCGGAAGGAAGUGCCGAUCAAAUGCUGGUAUUCUAAGCGAAAUAAAACUUAAUGGUGGCAGAGUUUUGAAAAAAAAAAACGCUCAACAGCAGGAAUGAUUUGGAGCAGAUAAAUUGGGAUUUCUUAUACAUACAUACAUACAUAUGUGUGUAUGUAUGUAGCCAAAAGCGACCGAACAACGAGUGCAAGAGGUGAAGCAACACCAGAGUGUUAAGUAAGAAAUGAUAUCUCAAACUUAUGAUUUUCAUUUACUUAAAGCAUUACUUUACACAAGUAAAAAUAUACAACAUACAUAUAUAUAAAGCAAACAGCUACAUUUACAUAAGUACAUACAUACAUACAUAUAUAAUAAAACAAAGAAGAAGAAGAAGAAGAGCAAGACGAACAAGCAUUGAUGUAGAGUCAAGUAACCUUUGUAUUUACAUAAAAACGCGUAGAGAAUG